AUGGCGUGACAAUACAAAACUAUAACGAUAUUGCAUGACAUGUAUAUAUAUAUCACCCAAAAAAUACACCAAAACAGAUAACAAAAGGAACAAUCAUGUUUCGUUCACCAUAAUUGUUCCACAUUAUUCUUCCCCUUUUAGCAUCAUCAAAGCCUAACCCAUCAUUCAUUGAAUACGUACGUACCCAGAGAGAAAAAGAAGACGAGGAACUCAAUUAAAUAUGGUGAAGUAUAACAUUCUUGUAUUACUUCUUCUUCCUCCUCUUCUCUUUACAUGUCUAGUAAGUUGUAAUAAUCUGGUCCAAAAUUCUUGCAAAGAAGCAUCAAAUGGUGAUCCAAACUUAAGCUACGAAUUCUGCUUUGCGUGUCUCGAGUCGAAUCCAAAGAGCGAAAACGCUAGCAACCUUGAAGAACUGGUGGUUGUGUCACUUGAGCUAGCCAUAUCCAAUGCAACAAACAUUUGCUGCAAGAUUUCUAAUCUCUUAAAGGAGGAGAAGUAUAGCAAUUAUACUGAGAGUGCCUUACAAGACUGCCUCGAACUAUACUUGGAUGCAAAAUCUACUUUGGUUGAUGCAAGGAAUGAUUUCAAUUCCAGUACUAUUAAUGAUUAUCAGAAAGCAAGUGUAGAGGUGAGCUCUGCCAUGGAUGCAUCAACUACUUGUGAAGAUGGGUUUGAUGAUGAGGAAAAGCAAGGUAAUAGUACGCAUGAGGUGUCUCCUUUGGAAAAGGAGAACAAAGUGUUUUUUGAGUUGACUGUGAUUCCUCUUGCUUUUAUAAACAUGUUACAUUAAUUAAUAUUAUUGAUUGAUAAAGUUAUUAAAUUAAUUAAU